GGCCGGGUGCCGGGUGCGCCCCGCGCAGCCAUGCGCUAGCCCCGCUGAUGGGGCGUCCCGCGCCCUGCGCCCUGCUGCUGGCCGCCGUCCUGCUGCUGGCCGGGCCCCGGGCCGGAGCGCCGCGCCCCCGCGUCACCGCCAACUUCGCCUGCAGAGUCAGGGCGGACAGUGCCCUCCCAAGGCCCCGGUGCCGCCAGAGGGAGCAGGAUGGAGCAGGCCUGUCCCCGCCAGCCCUAGCUCUGAGCACCGCCCGGCUGUGCCAGGCCUCCCGCGACUGCCAGCCGUGCGUGCGUGUGCGUCUGGCCCUGCACACCGCAGGGCUGGGGAGUGUCUGUGGGCUGCGGCUGGAUUUCCUGGUGCUGGGCUCCAACAGGGCCAGCUGGCUGAAGGUCUGGAGAAAGCAGCCGGAGGCUGCAGGCUCCCUGUGGCAGGUGCAGUUCGACUGUUUCCCGGUGGAGAGCGGGCGCCGUGUUCUGGUCUCGCUUGGCACCGUCCCUGACCGGGGGCUGAGCCUCAACCGGAGCCACCUGGUUGCAGCAGAGCCGGCAGGCCCCAAGUUCAGCUACGCCUGGCGCCCGGAGGCACGGGCCAUUGAGGUGUCGGUGCCCGAGGGCCCUGCCCUGGCCGUGCGGCUGUGCCACCAGCUGGCCCUGGAGUGCGAGGAGCUGUCCACCCCCUUCCCCCGACAGGCGUUGGUGUCUGGGGGUCACAGCAUUGUGCUGCCCUACGAGUUCCUGGUGCCCUGUCUCUGCAUUGAGGCCUCCUACCAGCACCGUGACAGCCUCCGCACCAAGCUGUGCCCCUUCCAGCCCCAGCCGGAAGCUUAUGGCUCCGAGCUGUGGGCGUCCAUGCAGUUCCAUGACUUCAGCGCCAGCAGUGAGGCCAACAUGCUCAUGGUGCUGAGUGCCCGUUGCCCGCUGCACCCGACCGCCACCCUGUGCUGGAAGGAGAGUGACACGGGGGCCUGCCACAGUGUCCCCAACUCCACAGCCAUGGAGUCCAACCAGGCCUACACCGUGGAGAAGGUGGAUGUGCAUCCUCUGCUCUGCUUCAAGUUCUCCUACGGCAACAGCAGCCACGUGGAGUGCCCGCACCGGCCAGACACCGCCUGGAACGUGUCCGUGAGUGUCCGGUUCCUGCAGCUUCUCCUGCGUGUGACCUCCACUGUCCCGGCAUCCUUCAGCGCAGCCCUGUGCCGGCAGCAGGGGAGCCGGUGUGAGCCAGAGGCACCUGUCUACACCGUCACAAGCCCAGAGAGCUUCGGCCCCAGGGAGCUGAGCCUGCUGCUGCCGCUGCAGAUCGUGGGCGGCUGUGUGCUGGUGUGGCGCUCCGACGUGCACUUUGCCCGGAAGCAGCUCCUGUGCGCAGAUGUUGCUCGCAAGCGCUUUGGGCUGCUCGCCCUGGGGCUGGGCCUGGCUCUGGGGCUGCUGGGCACUGUCCUACUGCUGAACUACAGGAGCCUCCGGAAACUCACCACAGCGCCGCGGGGCCGUCGGCCCGUCCUGCUGGUCUAUUCCCCCGACUCCGAGGAGCACAAGGUUCUGGUCUGCACCUUGGCGGACGUGCUGUGCUCGGCGCUGGGCUGCGACGUGCGGCUGGACCUGUGGGAGGCGGGCAGCGUGGGGCGGCUGGGGGCACUGCCCUGGCUCUAUGUGCAGCGGGAGCGGGUGGCCCGGGAGCAGGGCACCGUGCUGAUCCUGUGGAGCCAGGGCAGCGCCCGGCUCUACCAGCUGUGGCGGGGGGCAGCCGCAGGCAGCAGCGGCUCUCCGGACCCCCACGAUCUGUUCGGCGCAGCCAUGUCCUGUCUGCAGAGCGAGCUGCAGGUGGGCGGGGGGGCAGGGCAGCUGGGCGACUGGGCGCUGGCCUACUUUGGCGAGCUGUGCAGCCGGCGAGACGUGCCGCCUGCCCUGUGCCUGCUGCCUUGCUACCGCCUGCCUCGGGAGCUGCCUGGCCUGGCCUGCUUGCUGCAGGGCAGCGCCCGGCCCCCCGCCUGGCUGCGCCCCAGCACGCUGCUGCACCGGCUGCUCAUGUCGGAGAAGAGGAAGAGCCUGCAAGGCAGGGUGGAGCUGUGCCGGCUGCAGCAGCCCGAGGGGGCGCCCCUGGCCAGGCUGGCAGCCCACCAGGUGGGGUCUGUGGGGCCCAGCCCCCGCGCCCCUCCAGCCAGGCCGGCCUCGCAGAGACCCAGCUGCACCUGAGCGUGCUGCAGUGGCCCACGUGCCAAGGACCUGGGCCGGGGAAGGGAUGAUGGGGAGGGUCCCUGGAGAUGCCAGAGAGGGGCUGGUGGGGACAUGGCUGGGCUCCAGGGUGCCACAUCCAUUCCCAAGACCAAACGUGUCUGCAAGAGGCUGGCAGCCCCCGGACCCAGGAGAACCCAGGGGUCCUGACAAGGGGCAGCCUGUGAGCAUGGGUUUGCUGCGGGCUGGAAACUGCCUGGUGCCGGGUCUGUUGGGGGCAAUGGGGCUUGGACAUUUGCCCUCUUGCAGCCAGCUCUUGGGCAGGACCUGCCGCCUCCUCUGGGGACCACUGUGGGGUCUGUUGCCAUGGCCACGAGUGUGGAGAGACUAUAUGGCCCUGAGGGGGAGGGGCAGGCCUGGGUGGAGAGGGCAGGUCUGUAUGGCCCUGAGGGGCGGGCCCCUGGGGAGGGGGUGAGGCUGGCCCUGUC